CUCGGAGCGAACACACACUCCCCGCUCGGAGCCGCCAGACAGCGGAGCGAACCGAGCCGCGCGCCGGCAUCGUCCCGCCGCCCGGCGCCCGCACGCCCCCCGCCUUUUCAAAGGCCCUCCCGCCGCUCCCAGCUCCGCCCGGGACUCCCCGGCCCGCGCGGCUCCCGGCUUCGCUUCGCGGCCACUUCGGCGGCCGCCCGCCGCGCGCCCUCGCCCGCCUUUGAAGUUUGCUGUGCCGGCCGCAAAGUUGGGACGCUUCGGCGGACGGAAUUUUUCGCUUCUCCCCGCUCCGCCCCCGCCCUCCGGUCGCCGGGUUCCCGGACGCCGGCGCCGGGCUGCUCGCGCCGCACCUCGGGGCGGCCGCUCUCCGCCUCCCCCGGGAGGCCGGACGGAUCUCUGAGGAUGGCGCUGCUCCGCUGCUGUCUGCUGUGGCUCCUCCUGCCCAUCGGCUGCGGGACCCAGAAGUUGCCCACGCGAGACGAGGAGCUGUUCCAGAUGCAGAUCCGGGACAAGGCGUUUUUCCAUGAUUCGUCAGUCAUUCCAGACGGGGCUGAAAUCAGCAGUUAUCUCUUUAGAGAUACGCUUAAAAGGUAUUUCUUUGUGGUUGAAGAAGACAACACCCCGCUGUCGGUCACGGUGACACCCUGCGACGUGCCCUUGGAGUGGAAGCUGAGCCUGCAGGAGCUGCCCGAGGAGACGAGCGGAGAGGGCUCAGGGGCCACAGAAAUGCGCCAGACCAACUUCCGAUGUCUAAUCCGGAAUCCUGUGUUCCCACAGUGGCAUCGCCAAAGCGUGGAGUGGGGUGUAUUUUGGCGAAGGUUCCGGCCCCGUGGUGCUGGACGAAGUGCGCUGCACGGGGAACGAGCUUUCCGUCGAGCAGUGUGCGAGGAGCUCCUGGGGACAGCACGACUGUGCCCACGGAGAGGACGCGGGAGUAUCCUGCACCCCCGUCACAGAUGGGGCCAUCAGACUCGCAGGGGGCAAAGGCAGCCACGAGGGCCGCUUGGAGGUGUAUCACCAGGGACAGUGGGGCUCUGUCUCUGACGACGGCUGGACGGUGCUGAACACAUAUGUGGUUUGUCGGCAGCUGGGAUUUAAAUACGGCAAACAAACCUCCGCAAACCACUUCCCAGAAAGCAUGGGUCCCAUAUGGCUGGACGAUGUCACCUGCUCCGGAAAGGAAACCAG